AUGGUCAUGUACGGACCAACAGCCUAUCUGACCAAAGUCUCGCUCCUAUGGAUCAUGACCCGAGUGUUCAGCCCAUUCCGCAAAGCCGUGACCUUCAUCUACAUCUUCCUCGGCGUCAUGCUGGCCUACUACAUCCCCGCCGUUAUCGUCAAGAUCCGCAUCUGCGACCCCAUCUCCAAAUUCUGGGACCCAGAUCGCCCGGGCACAUGUCUCAAUCAGCGUUCCAUCAUCAUGGCCGACGCUGUCGUCAGCGUAGUCAGCGACCUUAUCAUCCUCCUUGUCCCGUUGCCGUUAACCCUGGGUCUACAACUCCCAACGAAGAAGAAGAUGCGAGUCAUGGGUAUUCUGGGCGCAGGAGGUCUCGCUGUUGCAUCGAGUAUCAUCCGACUGAUAUUGAUCGCAUACACGGGCCAAUCGGAGGAUGGCACCAUGGCGUUUAUGCGGAUUAACAUGUUCGGAAACGCCGAAAUCGCCAUCGGCGUCAUCUGCGCCUGUCUCCCCGCCCUCUCUGCGAUCCUCUCCCGCGUCUAUCACGAAUACUCCAGCAGCAACAAAGCCACCGGCGGAACCUCCGGCCACGAGUUAAGCAAGAUGAAGAACCAAAGCCGCAGCAUGAAAACCGACAAAAGCCGAAGCCGCAUGAGUUAUCUCGAGAUGACCUCAGACCAGGACGUUCUGAUGCAUAAUGCUCAAAGCGAGCCAAAGGUCGAAACGACCGUUCACGGAGAUCGAAAUUACUAUGGAGAGAACCCUGGUGGAUCGCUCGCCAUCUUCAAGACGGUUGAUGUUGAGACUUCGGUGUCGAGGAGGGCGUGA